AUGGCUUAUUACCCGGAUCUAUUUGUCUGGGUCAGUCAAGAACCAUUUCCAAAUGAGGAAAUGGAAGGAAGGCUCCCCAAGGGAAGACUUCCUGUCCCAAAGGAAGUAAAUCGCAAGAAGGGCGAAGAGACUGUUGCUGCCUCCCUGACUCUGCUUGGAGGCGAAGAAGUCCUUCCCCCAAGAAUCAGUUACCUCCACUCUUUUUAA